AUGUUUAACAAGCUCGUCGCCGAUCUGCUCACCUCCUACCUGGGGGAAUACUUUGAAAACAUCGAUCGCGAACACGUCAAGGUGUCGGUGUGGAAUGGCCUCGUGCAUAUGCGGAACUUGAAAGUACGGCAAGACGCACUGCGCUUCCUGGACGUGCCCGUGUGUGUGCUUGUGGGCACCAUCGAGGAGCUGACCAUUGUCAUUCCGUGGACGCACCUGCGAUCCGAAUCGGUGGUGGUGCAGAUUCGAAAGGCUCAGCUUAUUCUCGCGGACAAAGAAACCGCCAGCUAUAGCAUCGAUCAAGAUGGCCGAGAGGCCCGUGCACGCAAGUUUCGAGAGCUGGCCGCGACGGAUGAAGUGCUUCUGAUGGCUUUCCGAGAAGGCCUGUCGCAGGCAAGCAGCUCUGCACCGGCUCCCACCUUGGUGCCACCGCUGACAGCAGCCGCGGCUGAUUGCAGUGACAGCAACUUUACCGCGCGCCUGAAGGCCAGCAUUCUGAACAAUAUUCGCAUUGACGUCGAAAAGGUGUGGGUGCACUACACAUCCUGCGUCGCCGGUGCAGCCCCCGCUGGUGAUGAGGCGCCCUCAGGCGGGGUCGUCGGCGAAGCGUCAACGCGGGAGCCACCACAGGGGCAUCCGCAGCACUCGACGCGUUCUCCACCCUCGCCAAGCGCGCCCGUGGACGUUUCCGGGCAGCUAUCCACCCAGCAGGCGUCGCUCUCCUUUCAAAUCCAAGAGAUCAAAACGUGCGGGUGCAACGAGCGCUUUGAGCCGGCCUUCGUCGCCCCAGGGGAGCGUAUGGCGCGUCAGCUCAUCUCCCUUCGCGGCCUCGCAGCCUCGCUGUGGACAAGCACGAGCAGUGACAGAGAAGUCUCUUUACUGAGGCCGUUCGAUGUGGCGGUGGAGCUUGCCUACCAGCCCGUCUACAUCGACGUUUCCACCCCACAGUACAUGGUCGCCGUGCGCGUGGAUGACGCGUGCUCGUGCACCAUCACAAGCGAGAGGUGCACAACGUGCUAUGGCCUCGUGCAGUACUUGGUGCAAGUGCGACAACGGCAGGCGCUCCGUCGGUUACGCCCUAUCGGGGAGCGUCCGAGAGCCAACCCGCAUGCGUGGUGGCGGUACACUCUGGACGCCGUACGACAGCAGGUUCAGAACAACAGGACAGCGGCACUGGCGUCCGCUCACAAGCUAACGCCUUUUUCCUGGGUCGCCUACACCUCGAUGAAGCGGAAGCGUGAUCGAUACAUGCGACUGUACCUGCGGCAGCAACGUAUUUCACUCAGGGCAACGGGAUGGCUGGAGCCCCUGACGGUGGACGAGCACGUAGAAAUGGUCGCGCUAGAGGACGAGCUGUCGAUCGACGUGCUGAAGCUCGGGAAGCGGCUCGCCAUGAGUCGAGUCGGCGUCGAGCGCGUCGAGUAUGAAAAGCUGCUUCGUGAGAAGAGGGCAGGGGCCGGCGCGGGUGAGACAGACACCCAAAGCCCUGUGCGCCCCAGCGCGCCGCCCGCUCAGCUGGUCGCUCCAGUUGCGAAAAGCAGGUGGUUCUCAUUCUGGCGCUCGGAGUCGCAGCCGACAGCUUCGACAAGCGUUAGCGCCAGUGGUGCCGCUGAUGACGGCCUGAGUGAGGAGGCCCGUGCCGAGCUGCGGGAACUUGUACAACUCAUGACUGCUGAGCAAUGGACAGACGCGCAGCGAGCAGUUAUUGCACAAGAGCUCGGCAUGUCCCCUGAGGAGGCAAAGGCUCUUUCCCGGUCCGACACAUCGCUGCCUGUGUCGACUCCCGAUCCAGCAGCCGUGGACCUCUCAAAGAAGCCGAUCCGUCAUCGCAGCGUUCCCAGCUUUGUCGUCUUCCUCCACGCCAAGGAGCUCAGGGUGGAACUGCAGAGCAGAGCGUUGAGUGCACCGAGCACGCCAUCGCUCAUUAGGGGUAAAGUCGCAACCUCCACCACGCCACCCGACACCCUUGCCCAAGUGGCACUGCACACCCUCCAGGCAGGUGUUGAGUGGGGAGGAGUCAGCGCUGCCGGUGGGUCGACUCUGCAGGCUGCAUACUACUGGGGAGCCAUGGAGCGCUUCUACAUCACAGCCGCCUCUCUCGCGCCGCCGGAGACCCGGCAGUCCACGCAUGCCUCGACAGAGGAGGUGAUUCUCGCCAUACGCCGCACAGGCGGACAUCAGGAUGGCUCACAGAGCGAUUCGUCGUGUCCUCUUCGAAGCACUAGCGGCACUGGAGGCCCGCACAAAUCGCCUGCGAAUAUGGCCGAGCGAGAGGCAUCGGUGCACCAAUCACGGUUGCGCGCCUUCUCUCCUCUCGAUUCCUGCUGGUCUAUCAUGCCGGACGAGUGUCGCCGUCACGCCGCCGUGCAGGUGGAGUGGACAGUGCGAUCUGCUCAGCAGCUGACGUCUCGGACAUCGGCGCUCCAUCGCGUGCGCGUUGGGCUGGCACUCGUGCAUGUGGUCAUUGAUGUUGUGCCGCUGCGUCACUUGAGCGACUUUUUAUUUACGGUGAUGUGGCCCGAAACGGCGCUGUCGCACUCGGCCACUAGUGGCAGUGUGGGCGACGCCAAAGUCUCUACAUCACCCCCCAUAGAUCCCAACGGUGAUGGCGACUUCACAGCGCUGACAAUGCCUGUGUCGCCGAGCAUGACGUACGCCGAGCAGCGCUGUGCGACGGAUGAGGACGCGCGGCUCACUGUUCUGCGGUGCAGAGUGGAGCAACAGCGUUCCAUUGACUGGUCGGUAGCAGUGGAUGCCGUGCACAUCUCCCUCUCCGAGGUACCGCAGGUGCAGGGCUGCGAGCUCGCCUUGACGCAAUUGUGCCUGCGCAAUGAUGCGGCGCACCGCCUACAGCUGCAGGGGCGCUUGCGCAGGGAGGCAAGCGAGGGUAAUUCUAACGCAAGCACCUCCCCGAUGACGACGGCGACCACCGCUUCAUCACCCCUAGGCUCACUUGACACGGAUUGGAUCGACUGCACUCACGUUCGAAUGGCCGCCGCGCGUCUCUCCGUGUUCUUCCCACGAAACGACCCUUCGGCUGGCGAGCCUCUCUCCAUUGAGAGGGGCGUGCUGCUGCCUGACACGGCCAUCGCAGCGGUGGUCGAGCGGAGUCUUUUGGGGGGAUGCUACCCCAAUCUGCCUCAGUGGCACCUUCGAAUAUCCUCCAGCGAUGCCGUCAGCCUGACAUGGUCGCGCACCAGCCUGUCGGUCCUCACGACCGCCUGCACCAUGCUGACAGACUUGGCAGCAUCGGUCGAGUCUAACAUUCAGGAGCGCGGUGCUGGACAAAUAGGCGCAGCGCAAAGUCCAGAGGGCGAAGCCGUUUACACGUUUCGCGUGCGUGUCCUUCCGCACACGACAGGGAAGAGGUUCUGGCACCCUGCACACGGGCAGCAAGGCGCUGCCGGCGACGUCGAUGGUGACGCUCCGCCGCGCGCAGCAAACGAACUGGAGUCGUACUACAAGCAGCUGCAUCCGUUCUCUGCAGCACGGCAGCACUCCAAGGUGGUGGCCGCUCUCUCUCUUCCUCAGCGAGUCAGCGUGCGGCUUGGCGUGUGUGUCGUCUACCACGCGCAACGCUCAACGUUCCCGGCGCAGUAUUACACGCUGCAGGACGGCUGCACACACGUGCUCCUCGACGACGCGAGAAGUUCUGGGGUCACAGCCGCUACGAGUAUCACCGCAGGCCCUUGUGUGCACCUUUACGUCUCACAGGGCGGUAGGAAUCACGAGGAGGCGCUGGCAAGCGGCUACAGCGAUGCAAAGCGGCUCUUGCUUGACAAACUGAAGGUGCCGCCAGCGCUCCUCGACAACGCGUUCUGGCUGAAGCGGGCCGUCAACGCGUGGAUGGAGAAAGGGAACGCGGUAGAGGGCAACAAUGACGCCCCUUCACAGCAGCAUGUCCGAAAGGCUCUGAGUCGCGUCCUUGCAGGCGCGCAGGCGGUUCCCUGUCGCUACGUCGCCUUCCAGUGCGCCAGCGACGCCGAGGCACGCGCCUUCGCGGCGGCGCUGCGCCGCUGCUGUGUGGCUGCAGCUACACCGCCGUUGCUGCUUCGGCCCUCCGUGCAGGCGCGCUUCAACACCGCUGUGUCAGCACCAGAGCUGCGCAAGCAGCCCCUCUAUAGCGUGGCGGUAUCUUUUCCCUCGCUGCGCAUGACGUGUGAAGGAAGCGAGCCUGCUGUGUGCUGGAAUGCCUUGGCGACGAACAGCGACGCUGCCGAUGCCUGUCUACCCCCUCGCCGCGACGCAGUCUUAUCUUUCACGCCGUUUUUCCUUCGCCAAGACUGCCACCGUGAUAAAGAGAGCUACGAACUCAGUGUUGCAGAUAGCGUGGCGUUGUGCGCCUGCUUCGGUGGCAAUGCAGCGCACGACAAUGAUCUGAAACUUUUCGAUGUGAGUGUGCCAUUGAGCUCGUCUUCGAUCGACAUCAGCGGCAGCAGUCGGGCUGCAGGAGACUCCAGCGCGUUUUUCAUGCGUUUUGUGAACAACAGGCGCCCGUCGCCGCUGCCGUCCUCGAGGCAGUGCACCAUGCGUGUCGGACCAUCCGCGCGGAUGUGUCUGCGGGCCGGCCCAACUCUGUUGGAGUGCGGUGAGGCGUUCUGGGACACGAUGGGGCUGCUCACGAACCGGCUGUUUGGCGCCGAAGUCAUUGCAGGUUAUCCGUGGUGGCUGUCGCAUGAUAAUGACGAGGACAUGCCGAAGGAAGAAGUAAGCGAUGACGCGGACGUGAGCUCGAGAAUCGCUACGGAGGUCGAGGCGGGGUGGUGUGGAGCCAGCGAGUACGGUGGCAAUGCGUUGUGUCAUCAUGUCGACGUGACCGUUCCUGCGCUCCAGGUAAACGUGGACCUCGAAGGCGCUGCUGAAGAGUCUAUUGUGUCUAGGGACAUUCCUGUGCUUCGAUUUCGGGCACUGGGCGCAGUCCUGGAGUGGCGCAUGACAGAAGCAUGCAAUCACGUGCGGAUGACCGCCGAGAGCCCACAACUGCAGUGGUGCUGCCCCUCAGCUACCGGGGCUGUGCCGGGCAAAGCGAACUGGGUCACACUCAUGCAACCGGACGGUGCCUCAACGCCUAGUGAGUCACGCGUUGACAGUGCGAAACUGUCGGUAGACUGGAAGUGGCACAGACUGCCGCCAAUGUUCUCCUCCUCCGAUUGGCUGUGCGCAAGGGACGGCGGUGGCGAGGGCGUCGAGGGUGCCGGUGUCAUGGGCAUCCGUGAUCAACAAGAACUCAAGGUGGAACUGCGUCGUCUGCGGCUGCUCUUUGCGUACCCAUUGCUCAUGCAUCUCCUUGGAUCCGUUCGAGAGGGUCUUGUGGAGCGUGCCUCGGCGGUAGUGGUGCGGGAACCGUGCUGGUUCUGCGCCGGGACCCUGCUCUGCCCGCCGCUCACGUGGCGGGCUCCUGAAAAGGCCACGGCGGCUGUGUCGUGGACGCAUGUGCGUAAGUCUGUGUCCCUGAAAUCGGUGGUGCUACAGACGCCGAAGCAGGUGGACUGGUUUGCACAAGCGACCACUUCUGCGCUGCUACCAUCGCCGCCGCCCCAACUCCUCCUCGCGGCGGCGCACCUUCUCUUUACCGACCGCGUGCAAGUUUCCGCCUUGCCUUCCACCUCCGACCAGUCACCGGUGGCAACGGCGGUAGACAUCGUAUUGGACCUCCACUUCUCCGACAUGGUCAUCUCUCAUGCUCAGCCGAGCUCGGGAGCACCAUUUCAGUGGCGCUUUCCCAGUUGGCACGUCAGCAUCGCCCAUCCUGUGUUCGAUGCGCGAUGUUUGUGGGCAACCGGUGUGCCGCAGCGCAAGUCCUUUGUGGUGGUGCUACCGUCACUGACGGAGUCGUGCGAGAUGCGUUGCUCGAGCGCCGAUCUCGCGCACGUGAUGGACGUCGUCCAUGCCAACUUUUUCCAGCCCACCGCGUUCGGCAAGGAGAUGGAGUCAGAUGCGGUGGAUGCGUCGUCACCUGCCUCGCUGCUCAAGGCUGUCGCGGAGGAGAGCAUGUGGGCACUGAGCGUGAAGGGAGAGGCGACGCUCUGUAUCAGCACGUCAAGUUCCAAUUCCAGACACAGUGAUAGUCAGUCCAUGCAAUGCCUGCUGCGGCUUAACGGCGCUGCCGCUUCUGCAGUGCGCUCUGCGAGCGGAGAGCUGAGUUUCUCUUUCGCGGCGCAGCAGGUGUGGCUCGGCUGCGGUGCGCCGAGUAUCGCGACAUCGGACUUGUCAGAAAGUGAUGGACUAUGUAUUCUGAAGGUGGCACCGUUGCACAGCGCCGCCGCCACGCCAGCGGCGUCCCUCAUGGUGCAGUUUAGUUGGCGUUGGCUGGUAAACCACAAGCUGGACUCGACAAGCGCCACUGACACCGCGGCCCCUCCAGAGAAAGUUCUCUUCCUCUCUGUGGACUCGUUUGGUGAGGUAACAGCCACUGUCAAUGGCGAGGCAGCCGUAGUUCUCCAAACAAUUGUCGUUGACGAUCGGCACCUGCGGGAGAGCCUCCUCCGCUAUAUGGGACAGGCACCGCUAUCAGCGUCAAGAGCCAGGACACCGACACCCUCUCACGAGUCCAGUGGUGGUAGCGCCAUUGACGGGCGGGCAAACCAAGUGGGGCACAUUCGCCUUCAACAUCUCGAGUGCCGUAUUCCAUGCUCUGCCACGCCCGCAUGCUCCCCCAGCUCCGCAGCACCCACGCCUAGCACGCCGGUUCUUGUGCUGAGCUGUGCGGUAUCGAGGGUGCAAGUCGAGCUGUGCAAGGAUCUGAAUGCGUCGUCUGCGAUGGUGCGGGUUGCCCGACUUGUUCGCUGCGUGCUCGAAGACACCAGGAGUGGCGGCUCUGUCGCGACGGUCAUCCCGCUCGCGCUGGAACAACCGACUGAGUGGCAGGCGCCGGUGGCGGCGUCCCCUCGACCUCGUUGCCCUGCAUCACCGCACGCACGCGUAGCGUCAGGCUUGUCGAUGGAGCCACCAAAGUCGAAAGACGUCAGCCUGCUCGAUGAGCUGUUCGGCGAGCUGCCGGCGGCAAAACAAGACAGCGCACUGCCAUCAAAGGCGACAUCACCGGAAAGUGAUGUCUUCUACGUGGCGCUGGAGGAUGCUCCCAUGCAGUGCAAGGUCAUCCUCGAUCUACAGCCGCUGUGGCUUUUCCCACCUUCGAUGAUGCAUGCGGCAUCGAUGCUGGAUGGCGUGUGUACGCAGUUGAAGUCGUGUGCACCAGUGCUACUCCGCGGUAGCACAGCGUCUGCUUCACCUCAUUCUGUCACCACGACGACGACGUCGGAGUUACAUCGUAGCUAUGCACUGCAGCUGCGGAGUGGGAGUAUUGCUUUGUUUGUAGGUGAAACGGAAGUGGCGGUGUCCGCCCCGCCAGGCUGCCCCUCCGUAUCCCUUGAGGCGGCGAUUCGGCAAGCUAUGGACGAACAGGAGAUGCUGGCGGUCGUCACGGAGCCAGCAACGGUGGCCUGGAACUCAGCGAUCCAGGAGAUGAAGUGUCUUGACGGUGCUCAAACGGUACUGCAUCUUCAGAGCAUCUCCAUCUGUGCCAUCCAGGGGAUGCAGAACCGCACAGUGCUCCUGGAGCGGUUUGGCAUCCGUGUUCAGCGUCGGCUGAUGCAGAGUGGAGAGUCCUUUGAGUCCUCCGCUGCUGCCGCCACAGGCGGCAUCGAGGAGUGGCGCCUAGACAUGGAUGCGCUGCAGCUGACGCUGACGCAGCUCCACUACACAGCACUACUCCGUGUGGCGCUUCAGCAAACAUCUUUCCUGGCAGCCAUUAUGAAGUACUUCUCCUCGGCGUCGCAGUCCAUAGCAGCUGCACCCACCGCACCCGAUCCGUCCGCGACGGCCACGCCGCAGAAACUGCCAGAGUAUCGCAUCAAGCAAAUGAACGCACCAGCCAAGGCAACGUGUUUCCUCUUUCACCUUUCUUCGCUGCGUCUGCGCGUGCACGCCGACAACGGCGGUAAUGGCUCCGUCCCUCCAACGGCAGUGUACUUUGAGCUAAACGAGUUCGAUGCAGCCUACUACGCCGGUCAACACAACUGGUCCGGCAUAGCGGACGCCGGUGAUGACCUGAACGAGCGAGGGGUAUCGCUGCGGCUGGUUGUGACGCUGGCCAGCUGUCUCCUCGGCACCGAAAACGUGAUUCCCACCCUUGCUCUCACGGCGGUUUCGUGCCAGGCUGCCACACAAGCAGCCCGAAAGUCUUGCUCGCUACGUGUCGCACAGGAGGAACAGACCAAGGCUUACAGAGGCGCGCUGCAGGCCGGACAGGUCACCGUGACGGUCGAGGCCGUGCCGAUGAUUGCGUGGGUAGACCUCCUCUACACCCCGUACCUGCAGGUAGCCGUGCCAGGCUACCAGUCGGCAAAGGAGCGCGUGGUGGAGCAAGACUUGUGGCUCAGCGAGGAUUUGGUUCUGUCGGAGCGGGCGCCGCUGCGGGUGACCAACAAGCUCUACAGUCUCGUGUACCUCUAUGGUAACGGUCACACGAUUCACAUGAACGCCUCGCGGCACGGGCAGCUCAUUUUUCUCGAGGAAGGCGUGACACUGCGCAUCAUGAACGCCACCGUGUGCAUGACCGCCUUGUCGAUCGAGGCGUACGUCGCAGCCGGCAACGGCUCGUAUGUUGUCAUCGAUCCUGAGACCUGCAGCGCAGUGCUGCCACCGUCCGCGCUGGAGAAGGACGCCGCCGGUGUUGCCCGGGCGGCGGUUCCUCAGAUGGAUCACCAGCGGCGCACCGCAGCCGAGGAGUCCACCAAGGCUGUUGGGGAACCGGCGUCUCCACGGUGGCAGCGGUUCAUCGGCGAAGUGCAAGUCGAGCUGCGCAUUCCGGAGCCGCGCUCGGUCGCCGGCGCAGCGUCCAUGCUGUACGCCAGCACAGAUCACGCCGCAACCACAUGGGCUCAGCGCACCCUCGUUCUAUACACUCACAUGAACCUGUGCCUCGUGAACUCUAGAUCCGCUGCAACCGAUGAGGAUGAACUGACGGGGGCGUUUGACCUGGCGCAUGCGGGCGUUCGAAGUGAGUAUUGUACGCAGCACGGCGGCACCGCUGUCGACACGGCUGACCUCGUAUCGGACUGGGCCAUGAAAGUCCUGAUGACGGAAGAAAAAAGACGUCGUACUGGCCAGCCCGCUGGGUUGCCGGUGCGUCUUGACACGAUCCACGUCAGCGCCAGCACAGGUGUUGAGGUGCGGGUGCGCUACAGCGACGCCGUGUUCGCGGCACGGGCGGUGCGUCAUGCGCAGGCGGCCGCAUCGCGCUGGCAAGAUGCGGUGCGCCGGGAUGUGUGGUCUGGCUUGUCCUCGCUGCAUCACGACUGGGACGCAGUCGGGGCCGACAGCGAGGCGAGCGUAGGGUCGCUUGUGCGGGCACGGCACUCCCGCAGCGGUGGCGAGGUGAGGAAUGCUUUUGCAGGCUUCGCCAGUGCGGACACCACCGUGGUCACCGUACUGCUGAAAAUCCCAUACGUGAGCGUGUUCAUUAUCGACGACAGCCAAGACAAAGACGCCCCUCUUUUUUGCCUCUACGCCAAUGAAAUCUACACCCCUCAAUGCGCCCUCGAGUCUCUGCAUACACGCGCUGAGCUGUGCUUCGUGCUUCAGCUGGAGUACUAUGAGCUGCCCCGGUCACAGUGGGCGCCGGUGCUUGAACCGGUAGAGGUGAAGGUGUCCUUCAGCUCGCGCAAGAACGCCUCUUUCAUGGACCUGUACGACCGGAAAGGGUAUGCGCGACUCUCAACGCGCAUGAGCAGCGUUAAGCUGUGCUUCUCCUCAGAGAUGCUGCGCAACGUGCGGCAGCUGCUGAUGCUGCGGGACAUGUUCGAGUCCGCUGGAGUUGAUGCGCUCGCCACGCGCGGCACGUCAGACGGCGGCGUCGCAAGCGCAUCCGUCUUCCACGCAUUCAAGAUUGUGCAGACCAUCGGGCUUGAUAUCGUGGUUCAGCUGCCGGAAUAUGUGGAGAAUCCGCAGGGCGUGCUGCAACGAGCAAGCGACCGCCACGACGACGAUGCCGCUUCCACGCAUGCGCGCGUGCUGCAAGUCGGGCAGGAGUGGGAGUUCAACCUUCCACGAUAUCGUGGCAAGGAGCUUCCGCUAGAGCACCAGAAGAUCAUCGUGCAGCAGCAGCAGCAGCAGGAACGCCCAUCUAGCACACGGACGUCAAAGGCCUGCGGAGCCGUGAUUUCACUGGCGUCGGCUGGUGUGCAACGGGUAACUAUGGGCACCAGUGGGCCACUGCAGCGCUACAUCCUCGCCGACGUAUCUGUUCCACUUGAGCGCCAGGGUCAGAAGCAGGUUCUUCUGCACACACUUGUCACCUUCACGAAUCGGCUUAGCAUGCCGCUGCUACAAGUUGUCCCGAACUCAUCGGGAACAUACGACGCAGUUGGCGUCGUACCCUCGGCAUCCUCUCAGUGCGUUCCUGUGCAGGUGCUGCGCCGCCGCGUGACCUUAGCUCUAGGCAACUUUGCCGAGGUGUCGGCGUCAAGCCCCGCUCUUACCCAGAUGCAGCUGAGCGCAGACUCGAUUGUGUCACUCGGCGUGUCGUACGACAGCCUCCCUUGCCUGGCAGGAACUGUGCUUCUGUGCGUGUGCAGCUCCUUGCAGGGCAGCAGGAGCAAUGCUAGCCGCGGCAGUGGCGCAGGCGGAGUCGCGCGCAUCGCAGUCGGCAAGAGCUUUGUAGUUUUGUCCGGACAGCCUGGCAAGACGUACUUCCUCCUCCGUAUACAAGCGGCAGCGAGACAGCCGGCGGAUGCGCUACGUCACCCGUCCCUCGCUCCGUUGCGCUCCGUUGUCGUCACAGCAGAGGCUGUGGUGACCCUUCGCAACGCGGUUGGGGUUCCCCUCACGGUGACGCUGCUAACGCGUCGUAUUCAGCCGGGGAGCCGAAUGUCUUUGCUCGACACAUCCCCCGAUACGGCGGUCUACACAAGCGUGUGCUCCGUCGUUAUCGGCGUGGACGGAAGCUACGGAGUGACCGAAAUUGACCCACUGGAUGACGUGUGCCUUGGUGUGUCGCUGCAGCAGCCCAACGGCGUCACACUUGCACAGUGGUCCACCGCGCCAGCUGGCGCCAUACCAGCGGCACAGCACCCACCGGCGUGCGUCUGCACACCUCUUGACAAGACGCGUCGUGACACAAAACUCGUUCUGGUAGACCCGGUCACCAACGCAACCCUCGUGCUUGCCAUCAAGUACGGACAACGCGAAGUUACCUUGUACUGCCCCCACUGGAUCUUCAACGAGACCGAUGUGCCGCUGCAACUGGCCGAUACGACGAAGCCGCAUCAGGAUGACACGGAGCGGUGCAUCACCCCCGUAGCAGGGCUGUCGGGGCGUACGGUGCGCACAGCGACGGUGUCGCCGUGGGAAUCCAACGUGCGCGGUGGCGGCACCCAGCCUGCUGCCGUGCGCGCAGAGCCGUUCCUGUACCACAGUCUACGAGCGGAGUCGUGCCACAACGACAAAAGCCACGCCGGAAGCAACGGUCUUUUCUUACGCCUCCUGGAGCCCGCCGAGGCGCGGACUAUCGGUGGUGUUGCUCAGGCGGUGUGGUCGGACUGGUCGUCGCAGCCGCUGCUGGUCCACGAGGCGGCAGAGGUGCAGGUGAUUGUUUGCGCCAGCCGCCAUAAGCACGGGGCUGUGUGGAUUCUUUCGUGCCGCGUCGAAAUGGGCCAUCAGGCCUCUGUACCUGCCUAUAGCGACACCCGUGUCGUGUCCAUCCGUCCGCGCUGGGUGCUGGUGAACAAGUCGCCGUACGCGCUGCGGUUUUCCCAGCACAUCAGCAGAGGUGGGUAUCACCCGCCAGCACCGACAGCGCAAACGGCACCCUUCACCAAGACGGUGGUCAGCACCCUCGUGGCACCAGCCAUGGCAGAUGGCAGGGUGGAACCGCUUUUCUCCUUCGCGAUGUGCGACGACAAGGCGCACAACAUCGAAGAGUGCCUCUGGUCCCCGCCGUUUGCAAUCCACACGGUGGAGGAGAAGUAUGUGAACCUGGUUUAUCGGGCCCGUAGCUCACUGGCCGAGUACUGGCCGCAAACCUCCACCAGGACAGGGCAGCAGACUGCGCAAGGUGUCGUUGAGCACCUGCCGCCGCUUCGCCCGGAGGACAUCCUUGAAGUGGGCGGGGAGCUGUUCGUGAGACGGGAGGAGGCGAAGGUGUUCAGCGUCAGGACAUACGAGCACAAGGGAUGCAUGAUGUGCGUGCAGGUGGAAGAAGCCGUGCAGCCGCCGCUGGUGCUGGAGAACCGCACCUCCUUCACGGUGUGCUUCCGGCAGCGCGGGGCGCGUCGCGUCUCGACAGUGUUCCCGCGGCGCCGCAAGGCCUGGACGUGGGACGCGUCGCCGGCAGCCGGGCGUCUGCCGGCUGAAGUAGAGCUCUGGGUUCUUACCGACGGUGUCGAUGGGUCAGCGAACAGCGCACAAAAGGCAACGCCGGCAGCUGAAGCGUCGUGCGUGCUUAACUUUGACCCGCAGCAGAUUGGCUCCCGGUCCAGCAAGGGUGACGCGUUCCAGUGCGAACUCGAUGUGGAGGACAGCGCCACUGGUGCGUCAUCGCUGCUUUUUGUUCGCGUACGGGGCGUUCACGGCAUCAGCUACGCCGUGAGUAUCACGAUGGAGCCAACCAUUGAUGUCUACCGCACACUGCCCUUCCCGCAGCUAUCGCUUGCGCUGCACCUCGCCAGCAUGUACGUCCUGUGCCGCGCCACUGACAAGCGCGAAGGGCAGCUGCAGGACAUGUUGCUCUUGGCCAUCCAACCAGUUGAUUUCUCCUUUGCACAGGGUGCGCGUGUCUCCAAUGGCGCGAGUCCACCGGCGGCGACAGGGUCCUAUGAGGACGCGAACGAGGGUGAUGUGCAGCAGAUUCGCCUGCGCUUCCGCAGCUUCCAGGUGGAUGAUGAACGGCCGUCCGCGAAGCAGCGCGUCGUCGCGCAGCUCGUCGCUGACCGGGAGAGUGGGUUUCAGAUUGAACGCAAGCUGCUUCGUAUCACGCCUAUUCUCUACUGCUCCGUCGUGGCUGCGUGGUUGACACCCGUGGAGCUGCACAUCGAAGACGGCUUUAUCAGAGCCAUGAUGGGCUAUGUCGAGGAGGUGGAGUCCGGUUGGGAGACCCUACGGCCAUCGACGUCGUCCAAGCGCAUUAGCUCUUCCAGCGCUGCUCACGGGUGUCAAGCGCUGCUCCUUCCAUGGCAGGUGCACCUCGAGCGGGAGCUAACGGCCGCGAAGCAGCAUUUCGCAGAAGCGGAUGAGGACAGCGGCCAGACCUCGCGGCAUCGGCGAAGGCCCCGUGCACCGCUCUGGAGCCGGGUCGUUGCAAUCGAACGACUCCUCGUUGACCCGCUACUCGUCUCCCUCUCGCUUUAUCGCUCACCUGGCGCGGCAGACGACCCGCUUUGGAAGUUGGCGGGUGCAGCCAGCCUGCUCAUCGGUUCGACACAGGACUCACGGCUGCAGUGGGACGCCGUUCAGCGGCGCAACGUGUGCGACACCAUUUGGCACCUUGCAUUCCUCUAUCGUGAAUCCUACGUGAAGCAGAUGAAAGGGCAGUACAUGAGCCUGGUGAAUAUCAUGGGGCUCAACAUGGUGCGCAGCUUUGUCUCCGAUCUGCUGAACCCCUACGGUGACGAGCAUACCAACCGCCAUGGCGGCGGCAAUGGUGGCCGCGGGGCGGUGCGGCGGCAAAAGCAGCGCGUGCCGUGCCGGCGAGCGGCGAAUCUUCUGCUCGACCAUGGCACCGGCGGAACUCGCUCUUUCUCUGGUGGCGCAGUCACAUCCCUGCGGCGGGCCAGUGUAGCGUCGGCCUCUGCCGGCCGCAUCUCAGACGAUACGCGAGAGAUGGAAGAGGCAUCCUCUGCGGCAACAGCGUGGCUGCUGCGCGUCCCUGAACGUGUGGUGCAGGUCAGCCCGCAGCGCACGGCUACCGUGGCCGAGGUCGCUCGAAGCUACGCGUGGCACGACUUCAUGGCUGUUGCGCAGACGCCAGAGAUCAGGGCGUUUGGCGGUUGCGCACUGGCACACGCGCUGGCAGAGAUGCGGUGGACUCCACGGUACAGUCUUCAGAGAAGGGAGGGAAGUGGGCGGCGACAAAGUGCAUCCGAAUGUGUCCGCGUCACUCUUGAUACUCGUCCGCGCGGCGCGGCAGGCUGUGCGCUCCCGCAGGUCGACUGUAGUCGCUGCGCUGAGCUUGAGGCGCUUCGGGAAGCGCGAGUGCGCAGUCGAGAGCGAACACCGCUUCCGCAUCCCAUCCGCGACGGCUUUCUUACCUGGGAGGAGUUCGCUCAUCACAUAAACUGGUACGAGUUUGUGGACAUGUGCAGUGACGAAGAAGUGCGCACAUACGCCUCACUCGUCCGCCAAGGCGCCUCCGAGGCGUCCUGCAACGUGUGCAUCCUCACAGCUCUCUAG